CUCUUUCUCUCUUCGGAGACUCGUCCGAAUUCCUUCUUUCCCUGUCCAUCCGUCGAAACACCCUCUCUACGCUCCUUGCCUCCGGACGCAAGGUGCCACCAUGUUUACCGCACGCAGGAAAAUCCAGAAGGAGAAGGGUCUUGAGCCUGAUGAGGUCGAAGAAAAUGUAGCGCAGGCAUUGUUCGACCUGGAAACGACCAACCAGGAGCUGAAGAGUGAUCUGCGUGAUUUGUUUAUUAACUCCGCAAAGGAAGUGGAUGUUUCGAACAACAGGAAGGCCAUCAUCAUUCAUGUCCCGUACCGUCUGAGAAAGGCUUUCCAGAAGAUUCACGCUAGACUUGUUCGCGAGCUCGAGAAGAAGUUCAGCGGCAAGGAUGUAGUCAUCAUUGCUACCAGGCGCAUUUUGAAGCCACCAAAGAAGGGAACCGCCGCAUCCCGCCCAAGGAGCAGAACCCUGACCGCUGUGCAUGAGGCAAUUUUGGAGGAUUUGGUAUUCCCUACCGAAAUUGUGGGCAAGCGUGUUAGAUAUCGUCUUGAUGGAUCAAGGAUCAUGAGGGUGUACCUUGACCCUAAGGAGCGCAACACUACAGAGUACAAGCUGGAGACUUUCGGUGGAGUCUACAAGCGAUUGACAGGAAAGGAGGUUACCUUUGAGUACCCCGUACAAGAAACUGUUGCUGCAGCUUAGAAUGGGUUGGUGUUACCGGAUACUCCUUUAGCAAUGGCGGGUGUUCCAAGUUGUUCAAACCCGUUUUUUUUGCCGAGCACGGUCUCAUUUAAGAAAUUGUAUGCUCAAAUGAUUUUGACAUGUUCGGAGCCUUUGGUUAUAUGACAUGGUCUUUUAGAUCGGUCCGGAAAUCGGCCGUUUUCCGGAGUUAUAGUUCUAUGAGAAACUACAUUCAUCUAUGGUACUCACUAAUCUGGAAACCUAUGUACCAUGCUGGCCAACAGGUAAGCAAAAUUUUUCGGUGGUGCAAAUAGCAGCUUUUCCCUUACAUACUGCUACAUAAUCAAUCUCAUCCCCAUCAAAUGAAAGUCUUUCCAGUCGAUUCUCGUUUAGCUGAUU